ACUCUACGCAACCUGCCAGUUGUCUUUGUUAAUAAAUCCCUCACUGAUCUGUCCAGACACCUUAUAAGAGGCAGCACAAGCGUACAGCGACCACAGAAGAAACAUUCCUCUAAACUAAGGGGCAUCUUGCAUCAUCUGAAAAUGAGAACGCUCAGUGUUGUCGUUGUUUUGGUGCUGUGUGUGUGCAGUGGGGCUCUAGGUGCGGAGGUUAGGCUGGAAGGAAGGAGCUACCCCUUGGAGGCAGUGAAGCAGCUGAAGGCGCUGAUGGGCUUAGACGACAACGAUAGCCCUCACCUGGCCGAGACAAGUGUUGUAGCCGCUUGCGCCAACCCUCUCCUGCCGCAGGUCUUUCGGCCGGUUUGCCAAGGGAAGGGAACAAGCAUUGUUUUCUCCAACCUGGUGUAUAUCAUCACGCCUUCGGAUCCCUGUGAAAUAUGUGCCAACCCCUCCUGCUUUGGGUGUCUGAAAUGAGGCUGCCAUCUGCUAGACACACAAACACAUGGACUGAGGGGGCCUCUGGGGGGGCUUCAUCCUCCAUAGUUCUUCCACUGUCCGUGUAUAAGACAUCCACAGUUAUGGGCUAAACACGUCCUGUCAUCCAGCAACCAAGCCAAAUGGGUCUCAAGGCUAAAUGGUCAACAUACUGGAUUUUAUUCACCAUAAUCUUUUUUUUUUUUUUUAGGUAGAUGCUGUUCAUUCAUACAUAGUAAGACCCACAGGCUGACCCCUUGCUAGUAAAGUUUCAAAAAGGCUUUUCUGCAUUGUUUAAACAUUAUUUUGAUGUCUUCAACUUGCCAUCAUAUUGAACUUCUAAUUUAUUGAAUCUGAUGCAGCCUCUCAAUAAUAAAAA